UCGCGGCCAAGCCUAAGCGACCCUCGGGUUCUCCGGCUCCCCCUCCUUCCGCCUUAUUUUUUUCCUGUUCUCACUGCGGCUAUACCUUCAGCUUCGGCUCUCCGUUAUGGCAACGGAGCCGCCAUCCCCCCUCCGAAUUGAGGCGCCCGGCCCCCCAGAAAUGCGGACCCCACCGGUGAGCGAAGCCCCCCCCGAGGGCACUCGGAAGCCGGCAGGCGGCAGGCUCUGCUUCCUCAACGGAUGCGUGCCCCUCUCGCAUCAGGUGGCUGGGCACAUGUACGGGAAAGACAAAGUGGGUAUCCUGCAACAUCCAGAUGGCACAGUUUUGAAACAGUUACAGCCACCUCCAAGGGGUCCAAGAGAGCUGGAAUUCUAUAAUAUGGUUUAUGCUGCUGACUGUACUGAUGGUAUUCUUUUAGAGCUACGAAAAUAUUUGCCAAAAUAUUACGGCAUCUGGUCACCUCCCACUGCACCGAAUGAUUUAUACUUAAAACUGGAAGAUGUGACCCAUAAAUUUAAUAAGCCCUGUAUAAUGGAUGUAAAGAUAGGGCGAAAGAGUUAUGAUCCUUUUGCCUCAUCUGAGAAGAUUAAGCAACAGGUCAGCAAGUACCCAUUAAUGGAAGAGAUUGGGUUCUUGGUGCUUGGCAUGAGGGUUUACCAUGUUCAUUCUGACAGCUAUGAGACACAAAAUCAGCACUAUGGAAGAAGCUUAACAAAAGAAACUCUAAAAGAUGGAGUCUCCAGGUUUUUUCAUAAUGGAUUCUGCUUAAGAAAAGAUGCUGUUGCUGCCAGUAUUCAGAAGAUUGAGAAUAUUCUGCAGUGGUUUGAAAAUCAGAAGCAGCUUAAUUUUUAUGCAAGUUCAUUACUGUUUGUUUAUGAAGGUUCAUCUCGGCCAACUACUACAAAAUCAAAUGACAGAACUUUGGUAGAAAAACUUUUGUCCAAAGGGCAACUGUCAGACACAGAUGUACUAGAGUACAAUAAUAACUUUCAUGUGUUAAAUUCCACAGAGAAUGGAAAAAUAGAUGCUUCAGUGGGCAAAAGCCUCUCCAAGAUGUAUGCUCGUCACAGAAAAAUGUGUUCAAAAAGGCAUCACAGUCAGACUUCAUUGAAAGUUGAAAAUAGAGAGCAAGACAAUGGGUGGAAAAGCAUGUCACAGGAACAUUUAAAUGGAAAUGUACUUUCCCAACUGGAAAAAGUUUUCUAUCAUCUUCCCACUGGUUGCCAAGAGAUUUCAGAAGCAGAAGUGCGAAUGAUAGAUUUUGCUCAUGUGUUCCCUAGCAACUCAAUAGAUGAGGGAUAUGUUUAUGGGCUGAAGCAUUUAAUUACUGUACUGCAAAGUAUUUUAGACAAUUGAAUCCUUUGCUGCAGUCUUUGUAAGGGAUGGGGCAAUCAUAAGAGCAGCAGUCAAUAUCUCUGUACUUGUAAAGCUAUGUAAAAAAUUUAUAUUGUGAGUCUACAUUUUGUCUUUAUACUUUUGGUAGGAGGGUUAUCUUUUUUAUAAUCUUACUCAGGAAAACUAAUUAUUUGCUCAUUAGAAAACUAUGAAGAAUAAAGAAACUUAGGAAUCUUAAGCAGGGAAUGUGGUGGUACAUGGCUUAAACAUCUGGCUGAACCAAGAUGCAAACCAUUAUUCAGUCAUUAAGAGUUUAUUUAGCUUUCUGUAGCCAAUUUGUCAUGAAAUCUCUGUCCACUGAACCCUGACAAUGAGCCAUAUCUAAACUCAUUAAAUUAAUGGAACACUUUUAAAAAUCUAGAAAGCACAGGUUGAUGUCCUUGGUAUUACUAUGUAGGAAGUCAUUAAAACUGGAGAAAAUUCUACUUCAGAACAAUUAAGUACUGUUUAGGUUUUAUGUUAAAAGUUCAGACCAGCAUAUCAAAAGGUGCUUCUUAGUAAAGCGAUUUAGAAUUAUUGCAUUGCAAAAGCAGAUUUUCUCUUUAAUUUCCAUUAAAAUGGACAUUUCAAUAUAUUAUACUUCAUGAGAAAGAUAAUUAAACAACAAGAACAACAAAAAUCUUGAAAUUAAGGUCACUAAUUAUUCUCGUCAGGGUUAGGAGAAGAAAUAAGUUAUUUGCAAGGAACAAAAUGGUUUUCUUUGAAAAUCUUUCAUUGAUGUGAAAAUUGGAAUAUAUAUUUACUACAUUUGAAAAGUGCUGUAAACCAUAUAAUACUUUUUGCUCUAAAUGCAGCUUCAAAAGGUAGAUGAUUGAAGCUUUGUCUUAUUUCUCCUUUAAAUAGCUUGAGAAUUUUCUCAUUUAAAAUUCAUGUAUUUAUAUAUCCCUAUUUAGUUCAACAGUAGUAUAAAUAUAUGUUGCCAAAAAAGUGCUUCUCAGAAUUUUAGUAAGCAGUGAAGGACACCAUCAAGUGUUGUGUUAUCAAAAGUACCAUGUAAAUUAGUGCAUCUCCAAUAGUUCGGUGCAUAUCUAAAUUCAUGCUUCUAUGUCACUCUUAUUCAAACAGUUUUAUACCCUAUUCCAGAGAGAAAUUACGAUUUAAUUUUGUGAUAGGUGGGGGGAAUGCUAUUUUUCCUGGAAAAAUGAGAUUUUUAAGUAUUAUCUGCAUUUCACAUUUACCACCUUUUAAAAAAACAGUUAUUGAAAAAGGAUUUACAAAUAUGUUAGCUGUUUAUGAAAGCAUUAAUUGUACUUUGACUUACUAAUAACACAUCUAAGUAGUUAACAGUUUUGACAUAUUCCUGAAAAAUGUUUUAGAUUUGUGAGCUGUUGGACUUUUCCCUCUUUUUCCCCCUAGAAUUACAAAUUAAAGUUUUAAAUCUAAGCAGAUUUUUUUGGUGUGGAGGAAAGUAUCACAAUUUUAUCUUUAUCUCUAAGCGUACUUUGCAAAUAUCUGAGCACAGACAGAAGUACCAAAUGCUCUAUGAUUCUGUGUUUGGUAAAUCUAUUAAACCUGAAUUACUUUAAAAUUCAUAUACAUUUUGUUAGAGCAAAAAAAAUUUUUUUUAGAGUCAGUAUAAGUAUUUUUCGUAGAGACUUCAUAUUUUUCUUACUGCCUAAAUGGGUAUUGGCUAUAGCUUUUGGGGGGAGAUAAAUUUCAAGUGCUCAUAAAUAGUCAAAAAAUUUUUAAUUUUACCUUUUUUCUCCUACAGUAUAGACUUCUGUUGUUGUUCUUAUUUGGACAGUAGUUCAGUAAGUCUUAAUAAGCUCAGAUAAUUAAUAAUUUUGAGUCUUUUAACAAGAGUUUUUUUGUAACAGAUGGUAUCGGUCUAUGUAUAGUAAAUUUAAUAAAUCUAAGUAUUACCAGACUUUUGCACAUUUUAGCUCAAUAAAGUGUGAAUCAGCUUUCUAGAUUUUCUUUAUCCAUAUUUGGAAAUACAGUUUUGGAAAAAUCAGUGUCUUACCUUUUUGAUACAGUAGAUAAUCUUGGUUUUGUUUUAAUAAAACAAAAAGCGCUUUUAUUAUUUGUUUUUCAGGGAAGGGAUUACAUUUAAUUCUGUUUGUUUACAUUUUUAUCACUAUUAUCCAAUGCCCAUUUUAUGUUACUUUAUAAGUAAUCUUACAUAUCACAGAGGAAGUAUGUUUAUGUAAUCUACAUGUGAAUAUUUUACUGUCUAGCCCAGUUUAACAUUAUGUUUAGCCAUUUAACAUUAUGCUGAAAUUUACCACUGUGGGGAAGAAUGAUCACUAUUCACCAACCAUAUUUAAACAUGUACAUGUUUAAGAAAUAAGCAUAAUAAGGAUAUAGUUUGGGUUAAUAGGAUUAUCAUAGGUUUUUUUCCCCCCUAGGAAACAUAAAUAAUGAUUUUAGUGUAUUUCUUAUGGAAUGCACUCAUGAAAAGGACUUUAAGAGAUUGUGGAUAGUAUAAUAAUACAUUUCUCUAAUAAAAAUUUAAAU